ACAACUACUGAACAGACAACGACUGUUACUGAGUCAACAACUACAACAGCUGAACCAACAACUACAACGGCUGAACCAACGACAACAGCUGUUGAGACAACCACGUCUGCAGAGCAAACGAAUACUUCCACUGAGCCAACUUCAACAACAGAAGAGCCCUCAACAACAACAGCUGAACCAAAAACUACCACGGCUGAACCCACGACAACAUCUGUUGAGACAACCACUACUGCAGAGCCAACGGCAAAGUCUUCUGAGCAAACUACAACUACAGAAGAGCCCACGACACAAACUACUGAACAGCCAUCAACCACAACAGCUGAACCCACUACAACAGCUAUUGAAACCACUACUACUGCUGAGCCAACGACAACUUCUGGACAGCCAACGACCACAACAGCUGAGCCUACUACAACUACAGAAAAGCAACAUCCACAACAGCUGAGUCAACAACUACAACAGCUGAGUCCACUAAAACAACCACUGAACAGACAACAACUGUUACUAACAACUAGUACUGCAGAGCCAACGACAACUUCUGCUGAGCCAACGACCACAACAGCUGAGCCCACGACUACAACUACUCAAAAGGCAACAUCCACAACAGCUGAGUCAACAACUACAACAGCUGAGCCCACUACAACAACCACUGAACAGACUACGACUGUUACUGAGUCAACAACUACAACAGCUGAACCAACAACUACUACGGCUGAACCCACGACAACAGCUGGUGAGAAAACGACUACUGCAGAGGAAACGACAACUUCUGCUGAGCCAACUUCAACUACAGAAGAGCCCACGACAACAACUACUGUACAGGCAACAACCACACCAGCUGAGCCCACUACAACAACCACUGAACAGACGACGACUGUUACUGAGUCAACAACUACAACAGCUGAACCAACAACUACAACGGCUGAACCCACUUCAACAACUUCAACAGCUGAGCCCACUACAACAACCACUGAACAGACAACGACUGUUACUGAGUCAACAACUACAACAGCUGAACCAACUACUUCCACGUCUGAACCCACGACAACAGUUGUUGAGACAACUACUACUGCAGAGUCAACGACAACUUCUGCUGAGCCAACUACAACUACUGCUGAAACCACAACAAGCACGGUUGAGCCUACUACCACCACAGAUGAAUCUAUUACAACGACUACUGAGGCCACAACCACAACAAUGGAACCCACUUUGAGCACAAAAGAGCACACGACAACAACUGCUGAUUUUACAACCACAACAGCUGGACCAACCUCGACAACUGUUGAGGAAACGACUACUGCAGAGCCCACAACCACAACAGCUGAAACUACUUCCACCACGAAAACUUCUGAAGGACCCACUACCACAACAGCUGAACCUACUACUACAACUGUUGAACCAACCACUACUGAAGAGAUAACCACAACUACUGCAGAACCAACAUCAACUACUGCUGAAUCCACAACAACCAUAACAACAGAACCCACGUCGAAACCGUUGAGGAAACAACUACUCAAAUGCCGACAACCCCAAUAGCUUAUCUACAAAUAAACUAUCUCAACUAGAUAAUUGUCC